AUGAAGGAGCUGGAGCGGACGUGGAACUCAAAAUUCAACUAUCCUUGGACAUUUUUCAACGACAAGCCAUUUACAGCGGAGUUUAAAAGGAGGACGCAGGCAGAAACGAAAGCGAAGUGCAAUUAUGAAAUCGUACCAAAAGAACACUGGGACGUUCCAUCUUGGAUUGAUAUGGACAAAUACCGAACCGCCUCAAAGGCUAUGGAAGCAAACGGCAUACAAUAUAGCACUGUGCUUUCCUACCACAAGAUGUGCCGAUGGAAUAGCGGGAUGUUUUAUAAACAUCCUGCCCUAGCGGAUAUGCAAUACUACUGGCGUGUUGAGCCCAAGGUUCGCUUUUUCUGUGACGUGGACUAUGAUGUAUUCCGAUACAUGCAAGACCGGAACAAAACCUAUGGCUUUACAAUCAACUUGUAUGAUGCACCAGAGACUAUGCCGGGGCUGUGGCCUGAAACUCUGAAGUUUCUAGAAAAGCACCCGGAAUACGUAAACAAGAAUAACGCCAUGGACUGGUUGACGGACAACAAGCAAAGACCUGAACAUACCAAGAAAGCAAACGGAUAUUCAACUUGCCACUUCUGGUCAAACUUUGAGAUAGGCGAUCUAUCUUUUUGGCGAAGCAAGGAAUAUGAAGACUACUUCAAUCAUCUUGACAAGGCCGGAGGAUUCUUCUAUGAGCGGUGGGGAGAUGCCCCUGUUCAUUCGAUUGGACUGGGGCUAUUUGCGGAUAAAAGCAAAAUUCAUUGGUAA